AUGCGACUGGUCCAUCAGAUCAACACAGGUAUGAGGAUCCAGGCUGGGGGCGAGCACUUGGGCUGCAGCAAGGUGGGAGAAAACCCGGACAGCCAGGUCAUCUGUUUGCAAUGUCAAGAGGAGGUGGUGCGGGUUUGUCCGGGGAGUCCGCGCAGUCCUCGCCGCGCCAUCGCGACGCGCCUGUCCUCCGGAUCCGCAGACCGUGAGCCCAGCAGCAGCAGCUACAAUGCCUCUUCAGGAACCUUCUACAGCUGCGUCAGUCAGAUCACCAUCGGGUUUGACCUCGGGGGUCAGGUGGCCAUCGGGUUCUCACACUGGAAGAGUCCUUCCUCAACGAACGGCCAGAACCUCCCCAGUCCAGACUGUGUUCACUCCGAGGCCUCCGCCGUCCCGCCCACCAGCGAGCAUCUGGAGCCGGUGUCCUGCCCAGCGUCGCUGUCCAUCACCCCGCUGCCCACCUGCAGCGCCAGUCAGGAGACGCUGUGCGACAGCAGCACAAGUGUGAGUUUAUCUCUACAUGGGUCUGAGCCCCAGCGGCGGAGCCCCCACCGACACAGAGUCCCGCUGCAGCCCUCGGCCUCCGGCUACCAGGCAGCGGACAGACCUCUCGCCUUCCCCUCCUGUAGGAAGGCAGACAUCAUGGAGGAAUCCUCGGCUGAAGCCCCCGACUCCAGCACUCAGGAUGAUGUGCCUCCGCUGGCUGUGAAGGAUGUGAACGUGCUGCUGGAGAGGGAACGGUCAGAGGGCGUCAGCAGCCCGUCCAGAGACGACGACUCCACCCUGCAGAACCCAGGAACCCACAGCAGCAUCCUGGACGACAACACCAAGUCUGAUUCAGGCCUCCCAGAGGGGAGGAGUAAAUCCAGCGGCCUUUGCUUCAGCGAUGGAAAGAGCCGCAUUGACUACAUCCUGGUUUACAGGAAGUCCAGUUCUCAGUCGGAGAAGAGGGAGAUAUUUGAGCGGAACAUCCGUGCAGAGGGCUUGCACAUGGAAAAGGAGGCCUCUUUAACAAACAGUGACGUGAUCUUCCUGAAGCUUCACGCGCCAUGGGAUGUCCUCUGUCGCUACGCAGAGCUCAUGAACAUUCGCAUGCCUUUUAGGAGGAAAAUCUUUUACUUGCACCGACGGCACAAGUUCAUGAGCAGGAUGGAGAAACGCAUCAACAAAUUUCGAGGCUGGCUUCCCCGCAAGCCCAUGAAGUUAAAUGACACUCUACCCGACCUUGAGGAGAACGAGAGUUUUACUGCCCCCUUCAGUCGCUCAAGAAUCCAUCAUUUCAUCAUCCACAACAAAGACACGUUUUUCAACAACGCAACCAGGAGUCGAAUCGUCCACCACAUCCUCCAGAGGGUCAAAUAUGAAGAGGGUAAAAAUAAGAUGGGGCUCAAUCGUCUUUUGAGCAAUAGCUCGUAUGAGGCAGCUUUCCCUCUUCAUGAGGGGAGCUACCACAGCAAGAACUCCAUCAGAACGCAUGGAGCGGAGAACCAUCGGCACCUGCUGUACGAGUGCUGGGCCUGGUGGGGGGUUUGGUACAAAUACCAGCCACUGGACCUCAUCAGGAGGUAUUUCGGAGAGAAGAUUGGUCUGUACUUCGCCUGGCUCGGCUGGUACACGGGGAUGCUGUUUCCUGCAGCUCUGGUCGGCCUGCUGGUAUUUCUGUACGGUGUUUUCACUCUGGAGCACUGCCAGGUCAGCAAAGAAAUCUGCCAGGCCACUGACAUCAUCAUGUGCCCCAUCUGUGAUCAGUACUGCCCCUACCUGAGACUGUCUGACAGCUGCAUCUACGCCAAGGUCACCCAUCUCUUCGACAACGGAGCAACUGUUUUCUUUGCUGUGUUCAUGGCCGUCUGGGCAACGGUGUUCCUGGAGUUCUGGAAAAGACGCAGAGCUGUCCUCGCAUACGACUGGGACCUCAUCGACUGGGAGGAAGAGGAGGAUGAAAUACGCCCCCAGUUUGAGGCCAAAUACUCCAAGAAGGAGAGAAUGAACCCCAUAUCUGGGAAACCUGAACCCUACCAGGCCUUCACUGACAAAUACAGUCGCCUCAUCGUCUCAACAUCCGGAAUAUUCUUCAUGAUCCUGGUGGUGAUCGCCGCUGUGUUUGGCAUCGUCAUUUACCGCGUGAUCACCGUCAGCACCUUCGCCGCCUUCGGCUGGGCUCUCAUCAGGAACAACUCUCAGGUGGCGACCACGGGCACGGCAGUGUGCAUCAACUUCUGCAUCAUCAUGCUGCUCAACGUGCUUUAUGAAAAAGUUGCUCUCCUACUCACAAAUUUAGAGCAGCCACGGACGGAGUCAGAGUGGGAAAACAGCUUCACCCUCAAGAUGUUCCUGUUUCAAUUUGUUAACCUCAACAGUUCAACUUUCUACAUCGCCUUCUUUUUGGGAAGAUUCACAGGCCGGCCUGGUGCAUAUCUACGCCUCAUCAAUCGCUGGAAACUGGAAGAAUGCCACCCCAGCGGCUGCCUCAUUGACCUCUGUAUGCAGAUGGGGAUCAUUAUGGUGCUAAAACAGACGUGGAACAACUUCAUGGAGCUCGGCUAUCCGCUGAUCCAGAACUGGUGGACGCGGCGGAGGCUGAGGAGAGAACACGGCCAGAACGCCAAGGCCAGCUUCCCGCAGUGGGAGAGGGAUUACCACCUGCAGCCGAUGAAUGCCUACGGACUGUUCGAUGAAUACCUGGAGAUGAUCUUACAGUUUGGCUUCACCACCAUCUUCGUGGCAGCUUUUCCUCUCGCCCCUCUCUUGGCGCUGCUCAACAACAUCAUCGAGAUUCGUUUGGACGCCUACAAGUUUGUCACACAGUGGCGGCGACCUCUGCCAUCACAAGCCAAAGACAUAGGGAUCUGGUACGGCAUCCUGGAGGGCAUCGGCAUCCUGUCUGUCAUCACCAACGCCUUUGUCAUCGCCGUUACCUCGGACUUCAUCCCUCGCCUUGUUUACGCCUACAAGUACGGACCUUGUGCUGGUCAGGGCCGAGCAGGGGAGGGGUGCAUGAUGGGUUACGUCAACGCCAGCCUUUCAGUUUUCCGCGUGUCUGACUUCGAGAGGAGAUCACAGCCCAGGACUAAUGGCUCCGAGCUGUUUGGAGAAGCUGUGAAGUAUUGCCGGUAUCGUGACUACAGGGAGCCUCCAGACUCUGCUGAGCCCUACUCAUACACUCUGCAGUUCUGGCACGUCCUGGCAGCCCGGCUGGCCUUCAUCAUUGUUUUUGAGCAUAUGGUCUUCGCCAUCAAGAACCUGAUUGCGUACCUGAUACCCGACCUCCCCAAGGACCUGCGCGACAGAAUGCGUAGAGAGAAAUACCUGAUCCAGGAGAUGAUGUAUGAGGCCGAGCUGGAGAGACUGCAGAAGGAGAAAAAUGAGAAGAAGAAGAAAGACAGGGCCCAUCACAAGGAGUGGCCCUGAACACACCAACCGGUUGUCAGCUGGUGUUUGGUUUCAGUGCACAGUGGAGG